GAGCGCGCGCGUCCUGGGGCAGGUUGAGCGUCCUUUCCUCCAGGGCUCCCGGGGCCGCCCUCGGUCACGUGGCCCGCGGGGCCCGACAGGUAACUCGCCCAGAGAGGGCUGGGGCUGGUAGCUGCCCCGCCUCGCCGGGCGCCGCGGGCGGGUCUCAGCAGCGCCCACUGCGCCAGCCGGGCCGCAGGUGCCGCCUCCGACACACCGUUCCCCGCCCAAGCUGAUCCGCGUCGGCCGUCGGUCGGUGCGUGCGUGCGCCUCGUCGGUCCGCGUGUGUGUGGCCGAGCGCCCCCCUCCUCUGCGGCCAUGACUUCGCCGCCACCCCAGCCACCGCCCCCGGGAUCGAACCCUGCCCCAGACUCUGCCGCCGACCCCCACCCAGAGCCUGGACCUCUGGUCGUACUGUUCGGGGCCACAGCCGGUGCACUGGGGCCGGAUCUGGGCUCCGACGAGACCGACUUAAUCCUGCUAGUGUGGCAAGUGGUGGAGCCGCGGAGCCGACAGGUGGGGACGCUGCACAAGUCACUGAUUCGCGCCGAGGCGGCUGCACUGAGCCCUCAGUGCCGCGAGGCGAGUGGCCUGAGCGCCGACAGCCUGGCGCGGGCCGAACCGCUGGACAAGGUGCCGCAGCAGGUGAGCGCCGGGGCCGGGUUCUCACAGCUGGUGAGCGGGGACAUAGCUCUGCUGGGUGGGGGCCCCUACGUGCUCUGCACUGAUGGGCAGCAGCUACUGAGACAGGUCCUGCACCCUGAGGCCUCCAGGAAGAACCUGGUGCUCCCCGACACCUUCUUCUCCUUCUACGACCUCCGCAGAGAGUUCCAUGUGCAGCGCCCAAGCACCCGCCUUGCCAGGGACCUCACCGUGGCCACCAUGGCACAGGAACUGGGGCUAGAGACAGAUGCCACAGAGGAUGACUUUGGGGUCUGGGAAGUGAAGACAAUGGUAGCUGUCAUCCUCCACCUGCUCGAAGGGCCCAGUGGUGAAUUGUUUUCGAAGCCCGAGGUGAUAAAGCAGAAAUAUGAGACAGGACCUUGCAAGGCCGAUGUGGUGGACAGUGAGACUGUGGUUCGUGCCCGUGGGCUGCCCUGGCAGUCAUCAGACCAGGACGUGGCUCGCUUCUUCAAAGGGCUCAACAUUGCCAGGGGUGGUGUAGCACUCUGCCUCAAUGCCCAGGGCCGCAGAAAUGGCGAGGCCCUCAUCCGCUUUGAGGACAGCGAGCAGCGGGACCUAGCGUUGCAGAGACACAAGCACCACAUGGGUGUCCGCUAUAUCGAGGUAUAUAAAGCAACAGGAGAGGAGUUUGUAAAGAUCGCAGGGGGCACAUCACUAGAGGUGGCUCGUUUCCUGUCAAGGGAAGACCAAGUGAUCCUGCGGCUUCGAGGACUGCCCUUCUCUGCUGGGCCAACAGAUGUGUUAGACUUCCUGGGCCCAGAGUGCCCAGUGACUGGGGGUGCUGAUGGGCUGCUCUUUGUACGCCACCCUGACGGCCGGCCCACAGGUGAUGCCUUUGCACUUUUUGCCUGUGAGGAGCUGGCACAGGCUGCCCUGCGCAGGCACAAGGGCAUGCUGGGUAAGCGAUACAUUGAACUCUUCCGGAGCACUGCAGCCGAGGUGCAGCAGGUCUUGAACCGCUACGCAUCCAGCCCACUCCUUCCCACGCUGACUGCUCCACUGCUGCCCAUUCCCUUCCCACUGGCAGCUGGGACUGGGAGAGACUGUGUGCGCCUUCGAGGCCUGCCCUACACAGCCACCAUCGAAGACAUCCUGAGCUUUCUCGGGGAGGCAGCAGCGGACAUCCGGCCCCACGGUGUGCACAUGGUGCUCAACCAGCAGGGUCGGCCAUCGGGCGAUGCCUUCAUCCAGAUGACGUCAGCAGAGCGGGCCUUAGCUACUGCUCAGCGGUGCCAUAAAAAAGUGAUGAAGGAACGCUAUGUGGAAGUGGUCCCCUGCUCCACAGAAGAGAUGAGCCGUGUGCUAAUGGGGGGCACUCUGGGCCGCAGUGGCAUGUCCCCUCCACCCUGCAAGCUGCCCUGCCUCUCACCACCAGCCUAUGCCACCUUCCAGGCCACCCCAACACUCAUUCCCACUGAGACAGCAGCUCUCUAUCCCUCUUCGGCACUGCUCCCGGCUGCCAGGGUGCCUGCUGCCGCCACCCCUGUUGCCUACUACCCAGGGCCAGCCACUCAACUCUACAUGAACUACACAGCUUACUACCCCAGCCCCCCUGUCUCUCCCACCACUAUGGGCUACCUCACCACGCCCUCUGCUGCCCUGGCCUCUGCUCCUACCUCAGUGUUGUCCCAGCCAGGCGCCCUGGUCCGUAUGCAGGGUGUCCCAUACACAGCUGGUAUGAAGGAUCUGCUCAGCGUCUUUCAGGCCUACCAGCUAGUCCCUGAUGACUACACCAGUCUGAUGCCUGUUGGUGACCCGUCUCGAACUGUGCUACAGGCCCCCAAAGAAUGGGUGUGUUUGUAGGCGAGGGAGUCAGAAGGUAAGAGCUGGCUGACGUCCUUAGCCAGCUAACAUGUCUCUCCUGUGUCCAGAGAAGCAGUGCCCUCAAUCUGGUAGCUUCUUGCUGAAAGCACUCAGAGGAGCUCAUGCCCCAGCUCUGUCCCCCACUUACUGUUCUGCUGUUCACCCCAAAGAUGAUUGCGUACCCUGCAUGCAGGGCUUGGGGUGGAAUGGUGCUACCCUGCUCCCAAUGGCCUAACCUGGGCCUCUUGAGGAGCACCCAGAGAGCCUUUGGUUAGUCCUAGAUAUGGCCCACGCCCACAGAUGCUAUGGAGCUGACACCCACAGCAGGUCUGACUUUUUAAAAAUGUAAGCCCUGGUGCCUUCAACGUAUGACUCCUGAGAGAUUCUGAGUAAAUGUCCCAAUGGUGGGGGAGCAGAGAAAAAGAAAGCGCUGGCUCCAGCCCCCAGGAUACUUGGACCUCAGUGGCCAUAUUGUACCGGAGGUGGUCCUACCUAAGGGUGGUGGCCCCUGCAGCUCGGCACAAGGAGUAUCAGAUGGCAAAACCACAGGCUGUCUUGAUGGACUGUACUGCAGUACCCCCAAAGAACACUAGGGGGCAGGAGGCCCUCACACAAAAACUCAGGCUUGACUUUUAAAGGGGACUUUCUGCCUACUUUUUGUGCACACCUUGGGCAGGCCAGUUGUCCUGAAUUCAGCAGACACCGUGGAAUGUCCUUUGCACCCAUUAGAGGGUGCAGAACUGAAGCGUCAGAAGGGACUUGGAACUCUACCCUCUCCAUGAAAUAUAUAAAGGUUCCUGACCACACGGACUUUUUAAAAGCCAAAGUACCCUUAUCUUUGGCCCCCAGAGUGAGGGGCUCCACACCAGCACCAAGUGGAGGAAAACUCAGGCAGAUUUCAAGGAGACUGUUGACCUGUCAUCGUUUAUUACUUCAGCACUGUAACUGAGGAGCCUGAAUUGCUGGCUCUUCCCUUUGUAUUUGUGUAAGGAGCACUGUACUCCUAAAAAAGGUUCUAAAAUACAAAAUGUACAAGAAAACACAA